AUGAACUUCCUUAUUGCUAAAAAUCCUAUUAAUCUUUUCAAUUCUCACUCUUCGUGUUUUCUCUAUCGAUCCCGUUUACCUUCGAUUCUUCUUCGCAGUUCAAGAACAAAAUGGACACGUGGCAUCAAAAAUCUCAGAUUAAGAGCUACCUCGAGUAUUUAUGGAGGUUGGGAUGAACUACGCAGCUCAGAAGUUCCUGCUGAGUUCGAUUCGUUGCGGAAUUUUCUUGUUUCGAUUGGAAUCGAUGAUAGGAAGAAUGCUUUUGUGUUCCUCAUGGGGAUUGUUUGUGCGAUAGCGAUUUCUAGGGUUCGGGUUUCUUCGGUGCUUAUUCUUCCCGCUUCUGCUUUGAUUUUCGCACUUGGUUAUAGUGUCGGUUUUUUUCGAAAUGGAGUGUUUUCGUUCGGGGAUGUGAAGGUGAGUGGAAGUGAUAAGAGGAAAGAAAAAAAUGAGAAAUUGAAGAGUUUGGAUGAAUUGUUUGAUGAAAUUGAUCUUGGGGUUAAUAGUUUGAAGAGUGAUGUGCAAAAUUCUAUUGAGAAGAAAAAGAUUAAAAUGGGUGAUUUGUAUGGUUAUGUUGAAGCUGCUGAUAAGAUAAAAUUGUCAACUUUGAAUGUUAGGAAUGUUGUUAAGACUUUGAUUGAUGAUGAGGAAAAGUUUAGUGGCGUUUUUGUUGAGAAUCAUAAAACUGCUAGAAGGAAGAAACAAGUUGGAGAAGCUGGGUACCAGAUGCUGCAAUAUAUUGGUAGUCUGUUUCAGGAAUAUUUGGGUAGCUCGAAUUCGACUAAAGUCAGAGAAAAGAUGGAGAAAACAUUGGAUCAAACUCGAGGAAACAGUGCUUUGCCUCCGGUUGAAGACAGGUCUUUGAAUUUGGUUGAUGAUAGUAAAGUAAAUGGCAAGAUUGAUUCUUCUCAAGAGUUGUUUACUAACUCUGUUUCGGAUAUGGACAGAAAUGGAAGAAGAAAAAUAAGUACUGAUUCUCAGAAAGAUAAUUUUGAUGUAAGGGACAAUCGCAGAAACGCUGACAAGUUUCAUGAUAGAGAAGAGUUUAGUCACCAGAACAAAGGGUUGAGGUUUACAAAUAACCAUAGCUUCUCUUUGAAGAUGGAUUCCAGCAGCGUGACAGACAUGUGGGAAUCCCAUGAGAGUCGGCUUGAUUCUGAAAGGUAUAAAGUCAGAAUGAAACGUGUGGAGAGCAAGACUUCUUUUGUACGUGAGCAGUUGCAUAAUCAAGGCCGUGAAACUCUCAGGUCUUCUCUUGACAAGAGAGAUAGUGGGUCUGAUAGGUCUCAGUAUAAAGAAGAUAGAGAUGGUGUGAAUUAUGAUGUCGAUGACCUUCUUGCAGAUGACUUGUCUGAGAGUGAGAAUGAAAUCAAUGCUCCUCCGUCUACAAAGAUUUCAGAUGAUAUAAUGUUUGAUAAGUAUCUCGGUGAAGCAACGGAUCUUCUAAAACAAGCAAAAGAGUUUGUAAAGGGUGUUUAUGAUGGCGAACAAGCUGAACUCAUGUUAUAUAGAUCUGCAAACUUACUCUCGAAAGCUGUGGACUUGAAACCUAUGAGUUUGUUGGCUGUAGGACAGCUAGGAAACACUUAUCUUCUUCAUGGAGAAUUAAAAUUGAAGAUUAGUCGUGAACUGAGAACUCUUCUUCUGGGAAACAUCCAACCAUCAUCUGCAAAACAUAGUAGAAUAUUGAAGGAGCUGCGAAAUAAAAUUACCAGUAAAGGCGAAGCUAUGCAAUUGCUUAUUGAUGUAUGUGAAGAGUGUGAAGAGCUACUGGUGAACGCAGGAAGAAAGUAUAGACUGGCAUUAUCAAUUGAUUCAAAUGAUGUGAGAGCCCUAUAUAAUUGGGGCCUUGCACUAUCUUUCCGUGGUCAAUUGGUAGCAGAUAUUGGUCCGGGUGCAGCUUUUGAGGCCGAAAAAGUAUUCUUGGCUGCAAUUGACAAGUUUGAUGCUAUGCUGUUGAAAGGAAAUGUUUACGCACCAGAUGCUUUGUUCAGAUGGGGUAUGACUUUACAGCAGAGAUCUCGCUUAAGGCCAGGAAGUAGUAAGGAGAAGUUGAAAUUACUUCAGCAGGCUAAAAGGCUAUACGAAGAUGCUCUUGAUAUGGACUCGAAUAACAUGCAAGUGAAAGAUGCCUUAUCCUUGUGUGUCUCUGAGCUUAACUAUAGACAAUUUUAG